UCAACGGUUACAGCUUUUUGAAAUUUAACCACAAGUUGUUUAUUAAGUUCUUGUUGUGUUUGUAUUUCUGUACAUGUAAUUAUUUUGGAUGAUAAAAAUUACUUCUAUGUGCCAGCUGUAGUAUAAUUAAUAAUAUGCGUUGCGUCAGUUUUUCACUCUUAAAUAUACAUAAUAACUAGUAAUUAUUUUGUAUGGUUUCUUUAAAGAAAAAUUACUUCUGCAGCGCAUAAUAUUAAUCAGUUUUCUCAUCCAUGGAUCAUCUAGCGAUUAUUUACAAUGAAAAUCAAUGGAGGAUUAAUGCAGUGUCCCCUUUAAAUAACUUGCAUUUUAACGAAGUGAAAUUAAAGCAAUAUGCAACAAAAAUUAAACAACACCUUGUUCGUGCAGUUUUCGCAGCAUCCAUUAAGUUCACUGUUUCUUUUGAAGAAUUACCAUACCUGAAGUUCUCUCCAGAAGAUCCUAAUGGAAUCUUGCUAAGAGUGGAAUCAGUAAAGGAAUCAAAAACAAAAACUGCUUAUGAAGCAAUUUUUCUGACAUGGGGUACACAUUUAACUCUAACAGAUGCCAUCCACUUACCUUACAUGCUUGAAAGGGGUGAACAAAGAGUUGGUCUAUCUGUAAAGAGUUCCUUGCAAAAUAUAUUUGACUGUAACAUAAAGGAAUAUAAUUUUUCACAGUUGCAGUUACUACAAAUAGGAUUAAAUUUUCUCAAUGUUGAUACAUCUAAAAGUACAGAUCUCUUCAUAAUUGGCUUUAAAGUACCACAAACUGAUAUAACCCAGAAAGUAUCAUUUAAAUUUGAGGUUGGUGAGAUGCGGAGAAUUUGGAACAGCCUUAAAAAGGAGUGUUUAAAUGAACUAGAAUUAGUCCAAGUGAUGUACCAAAAUCUGCAAAAUCAAAUAUUUUAUAUGAUUACAUUAGAUGUUACAAUAUUUGAGCUAAGUGAAGUUAUUUUACCUAAUGCUGAAGUAAGGAGCAAUGGACAAGUGAAAAUGAAGACAGCGCCAGCAAUAAACUCACUAUUUGUAACAUUAAACACGUAUUUCAGAUAACAUUUCCAGGACUUUCAAUUUACAAUCUGGGGGGUUAGUACAAGUUUCACUGAAAAGGAAGGGACAUAUUUAUCUUUAAUAAUCCCAUUGAAAAUUUACUUGGGCAUUGUAAUUUAAAUGGCAAUAAAUGUAAUGUAAUAAUAAUGUAAUGUAAAUUGAAUAUAUAAUAUUAACAUUCAUUUUAUCUAAAUGUUAUUUAUUGUUAACAGCAGAAGGUUUUAAUGAUGGCAUUUAAAUUUGAUAAUGCUAUAAAGUUGCAUUUUGGAUGAAUUAUGGAAAUUAUAAUAUCAUGAUUUACACGAAUUUGGACUAACAUUUCUAUUCUAGGGUAAAAAUAAAGUUUGAUCAACAUUGAUACUAUUUGGUUUGAUGAUAAAUACUAAAAUCUGUCCAUUUUUGGUUAUAUAAACCAGAUUCUUAUAUGAAAUAUGUACUUUUUAGAAAGUGCUCAGGGCAGGACCUUUUCUAGAAACAAGGCAACUGCAUUAGUAAAUAUUGAUUUUGCUACUUGUGUAAAUAGUAAUAUAAAAUAAAAUGUUUUAUCUCAACCUCUUA